AUGAGCAUCCCAUUUAAAAAUGCUACAGCGCUGAACAGCGAUAUUACGGCUGGAUGGAUGCCUGGUGCACAGACCCGCGGAACCGCCAGUAUCCUCUACAGCUGCAUUAUUACAAUAUCUCUAUGCGUCUAUACAGCGCUUCACUUAAACGUUCCUCCCCCUGGGGAAAAGCAAAGAUGGCACAUCUUGCGCCAAGCCAAGUGGAUAGUGGUCGGUGUUUUCGCGCCAGAAAUGGUCCUCUAUUCGGCUUGGAUUCAAUAUCGUGAAGCCAAAGGACUCAUUCUUGAUCUGGCAGAAGAAUCCCGUCGUACUGAAGCUGUUCGCGCUGCAUAUCUUCCAUCCUCGCAAAAGGAUCAACCCCAAACCAGCCAAACCUGUGUCGUAACUGAGAACCAAGCCGACUUCGACAUUACCUACGGAUUUUAUGCGGUUAUGGGUGGCUUUAGAGUGGAUGUCACCGACAUAUCCGAGGAUAUGCUAUCAAUUGCGCUCUUUCCCAGUAUGAUUAGAAUUCUGGCGCGCCAUGGUACAUUUCUCCGAAUAGACUCCACCACAAUUAAAGACAAAAGCAAAGCCGACGUCCUCGCUAAAUCACUGGUAUCUCUCCAGGGCCUGUGGAUGCUCGUUCAGUGUAUAGCACGCAAAGCGUCGGGCUACCCUCUGACCAUUUUGGAGAUCCAUACCUUUAUCCACGUCAUUUGUGCAGGCAUCAUGUAUGCGAUCUGGUUCAAGAAACCGCUCAAUGUUAACGAAGCUACCACGAUUAACCUGCAAGAAGGAGACAAAGAUCUUAUCUCAUGUGCCAUACUUGUACUCGCCAAGGGCUGUUUCCGAUACGAGAAUCCGGUCGCCUCCGGAGAAUAUCUUUACUUCAGUCUCCGCAGUUUGUCACUGAACCUUCCGGCCGAAUCACCACCCUCCACCUUGCUAUUGCCGGAAGCGACUGCUUCGCGUGUUCCUGAGACUAAGUUUAGGCGGAAUGGUGAUUUCGCGGAUGAAGCAAUAUUUUCACCACCCAGCUCCGUUAUUCUUCAGCCUAGCUCUCUUUCAUUACGAGGACUCGCGCCUCCCCAGCGCUAUCGUGUACAUCUCCCCCUCAGCGAAAGGGAACAAAAGAUGUGCAUUAAGGCCCAGAGCGCUGCAAGGAAGUUUGAUGACGCCUCCAUUCAUCGUGCUCGAAUGCGGAAUAGGAUUGGUAUACGCUCUGCAAACCUUUUCGGCCAGUCCUCUGGAGUCACAAUAAAAGGGUGGCUCAAAGUUUCCGAGGAGUUGCUCCGUGAUGUGGAGGCUGACUUCAAGAAGAACCCACGGCUCCUUGCUGGGGCGAUCCUUGUGCAUACAGCGUACGGUGGUGUGCAUAUGGCUGCAUGGAACUCGUACUUUCCGACCAGCAAAGAGAAAUGGUAUUGGAGAGCCUCGUGCAUGAUAAUUGCCGGCAUGGUUCCCUUGUAUACUAUUCUCUUGCUGAUGUCUCACAAAAGAUUUUCAAUGAUUCCCAUUGGCCCUGACGGUGACUGGACCGCAAGAAUCAAAAUUCGGUUUUUGAGAGUGAUCGUGAAGGCUAUUCUGGCUCCAUUGAUCUUGGGUUACAUUUACGUUUUCAACGCACUGAUUGGGGGAUAUGUAUUGGCACGAAUAUUCUUGGUUGUGGAAUCAUUGAUUAGUUUGCGUAAAGUGCCUAUUGGUGUUUACGCCACAGUUUCUUGGUUGAACUUUCUACCUCAUUUCUAA